GUGACGUCACACCGCCCCCGCCUCAGUGAAUUUGUGCGCGCUCCCGAAGAGUUCGUAAAUACAACACUACACGACGAAACCGGACAGAUCACCGAUUCUGUGAGAAAAUGACGGUUGUAUCACUACAAGAAUCGUUUAAAGCUCACUAUUAAUCAGAUAACAGUUUCUCCUGCCUCCAGCCAUGUCUUGCCGUGACAUUCACGCCACCAAUGCCUUCGCCUUCGUCAUCGCCAUACUCUCGGUGGGCGGUCUGAUGGUCGCCACGCUCAUUCCCCAGUGGAGAACCACCCGCCUGUUCACCUUCAACCGCAAUGCCAAAAAUGUGACCGUGUACGACGGCCUGUGGACCAAGUGUGUGCUCCGAGAUGGUUCUUCGGGUUGCUAUUACUUUGAUGCAGACUGGUACGCAAAAGUAGACCAGCUGGACCUCAGACUGCUGCAGUUCUGUUUACCUGCUGGUCUGCUGUUUUCCAGCUUGGCUCUUCUUCUCUGUCUAUGUGGCAUGUGUAAAACGGCUUGCUGCUCCAAAACUCCUGACGACAUCAAGAACUCCCGCUGCUUGGUCAACAGCUCAGGCUGCCAUCUAGUCGCUGGGAUGCUUUUAUUUCUAGGCGGAGCCAUCGCCAUGCCGCCCUCCGUCUGGUUCCUGUUCCACACGCGUGCCCUUAACGAGCGCUACGAUAAUCUGUUUGCCGUUGACUUUGCGGUGUAUGUGGCCAUCGGCAGUGCUGGCGGUCUGAUCCUAGCCGCUCUUCUGAUGUUUAUGUGGUAUUGCAUGUGUAAAAAACUGCCUUCACCCUUCUGGCUACCUCUACAUGAAGAGCCCCCAAUGACCCACAGCCUUUCCGCACAGCCCCUCAUGACCAACGGCUUGCCUUCUCCUGUGACAUACAUACCCCAGAGCUUCCCUCCGGCUGUUUUGGACGCCCCCGCUUUUGUCCCGGCACAGGGUUACCCUCAACCUGUACCCACACAGCCAAUGCCGCCCCACGUCUACAUGCCACACAUGUCCAUCCCUGAUGGUUACGGCUCCGAAGUUGGAGCCUCACAAGCAUAUAGCUAUGCUCCAUCUCAAAGCUACGCGCCUUCUCAGGGAUACGCCCCAUCUCAAAGCUAUGCCCCCUCACAGAGGUAUGCCGGGCACCGCUAUUCCACACGCUCCCGUAUGUCUGGCAUUGAGAUUGACAUUCCUGUCCUUACUGACUGACAGAGUUGGUUGUUUCAAAUCAAACAGGUCAAACUGAUUUUGAUUUCUAUAAAUCAGAAAUGAUAAAUUAUUGUGGUAGUGAAUUUGAAGUGAGCAAAACGCCUUAACUGAUGUAGCAGGUACCUCUUAGUUAUAGCACUGUAAAUGACCAAAGUACAAAUGGUCUGAAAAACAACACUAGUGGAUUUAGAAAGUUGGGUACCUCUCUCUCAGUAAUCUUAAUUCAAAAACACAAGCAGAACAUAUUUCUGUGUAAACUGGUAAUAAUUUCACAAAGUAUGUGGCAUUUAAUCCAGUGUGACUGGUUUACGUAUUAUGUGUGCAGAAAUUGAUUCUGCUCAUUUUCGUGACCCUAAUGUCUUUAUUCUGCUUUUAAACCUUGAUAAUAACACUGAACCUAAUGUUGAUGUUAAGCACUGUUUUAACCUGUUAGUGAAGAUGCCUGCUAAUAUUCUAAAUGUGAUUAGUAAAUGCUAGAAAGAGACACAACCUACGACCUGUUUUAUCACUGCUUAAACUUGUAUUACUGUCAAUGCCAUGAAGUUUCAUAUUUGCCUUUUACUUUGUCAUAUUGUUGUGAUACCUGAAGACUGUCUUUGUUUUGUUUUUUAACUUUCUGAUGUUACAUAAUGACGUGAAGAAUUAAUUUUUACCUUAUGUUUAUUAUUAUUUUUAAUUUUUGUCAGUUUAAAAACUGUUACGAUGCUACAUGAACACUUACGUAACAGAAUGUGUUUUUUAUACAAUGAAGGGUUUGCAGGUUUUAGAAAAAUAACCCUGUAAAAUGACUGUUGUUACUUGUCUCCACCUGAUGCCUUUGAGCAGUUUAACUACUUUUAUCAAGACUGUACUUCCACUUUUUGAUUUAUGCUUUGUAAUGAACCUUACAUAAGCAACAAACCAUUAAUGAAACACUGCACUGUAUUCCACUCACUUCCUUUAAUGCAAAUGAUUUAAAUGCAUUGCAGUGUAACUCUGAGCAUAUGAAUAUUACAUGCUCUAGUAGUAUGUUUGUUUACUGUUACAUAGUGACUUAAUCCAUUGCUAAAAUGAGAGAAAACACUAAUGUCUUAAAAUAAAAUCGUUCAUAUUACAUUGCCUAUGACAUAUUGCACAGACCAAUUUCAUCUUUCCUAUUUCUACAAAGUUUUAUUGCAAAAUGUUAUUUUUAUUAACAUUAUCAGUGUAUAGACUACUAAUGUCUUAAGUGCUGUUUUAAUUAAAGUGCAGUUUAUUGAAUGAAA